CGCCAGCGAGAGGAGGAGGAUGAGGAUGAGGAGGAGGAGGAGGUCAUACCGGAUGUUGACCCUCCAGUCGGGGAGGAGGAGGAGCAGGAGGUGGAUAGCUUUCCGGGAGGGCCUUUUGACACUUCCCUGCUGAUUCACUACCAGGAUCACGUCGCUCGGCGGAUCUGGGAGGGAGAGGAGAGAGAGCCAUUGAAAAUGGUGAACCACUCCAGGAAGAUUUUCGGUCUGUUUAAACCAGCAGCUCAGUGGUUUAACGACCAUGUGCGAGGUUCAGGGCUUUGCGGGCUCUGCAUGACCGGGUACACCACCAUCAGCACCGGCAUGCAGGGGGCAUUUGUGGAGCGCUGGCACAAGGAGACGUCUUCUUUCCACUUGCCGGUGGGGGAGUUGACGAUCACCUUGCAUGACGUCCAGUGUCUUCUCCACCUGCCUAUUAGGGGGCCGCUGUUGGACCACUCCAGGAUCCAGAGGGUCGAGGCCAUUGAGUGGAUGAUGCACUAUUUGGGCCUGCCGCACGAGGUUGCUCACCUGGAGUGCGUCUCGACUUCUGGGCCUCAUGUCCGGUUCAACACACUGAGCCUCUAUUUUGAGUUCCACCUGGACGCGGCGGUCGAGGCCGAGCAGGAGGGUAACGACCUAUUCAGGGAGUACCACCGCGGCUGCGCUCUUCGGUGCUGGUACAUGCAUGUGGUAGGCGCUGCAUGCUUUGUGGACAAGAGCGCCAGGUACGUCGACGUGGCCUACCUCCGCUAUUUCAUGGACCUGGAUACCGUUCACCAGUGGAACUGGGGGGCAGCUACUCUGGCAUAUCUCUACCAGAAGCUGAAUGAGGCCUCCAACUGGAGGACGAGGCAGCUGGUCGGAUCCUGCACUCUGCUUACGAGCUGGAUCAUCUCCUACUUCUCCCGCAUCCACGGCUUCCACAUCGAUCCUGCGUACAUUGACGCCAUUGUUGCUGCCAUUAUAACCACUAGUUGCGACCGCCGACGUUUCCUCUAG